AUGAAGGAUUUGCGAGAAGAGGAGCCUGAACUCGAUCGAGCUGAGGAUCGAGUUGAGGACAACGCUCAUGUGAAUGCGGAUUUGGGCGAGCCUGAGUGCUACUAUUUUGAGGAGUAUGAGGCUCCAAGGAUGAACCCCUCUGUUGUGGCUGCCCACAAGAGGAUUGGACUUCUCCAAAGGUUCAACAAGUGGCAAGGGAAAGCCAUGGAAAAGAUGCAAAAGUCCAUGGACAAGAUGGUGAGCAAGAUCAAGAGUUUGGAGAAGAAAGUUUCUGGUUCUUCAAGCAAGAAGAAGAAGGCACCCAUGGCCCCCACUUUCCCUAGGAGUAGAUCACUCCUCACCACUCAAAGGAGGCUCUCCACACAAGAACCUCACAGAGCCUCUUCAUUCGAGCCAAGGGAAGGGGAAGACAACUCACAGAGAAGGAGGAAGAGCUCUAAGGUCAGACGCUCCAACUCGACCACCGGACUUGAUCGAGUCCAAACAGAGGAAACUCAACUCGAUCGAGCUGAGGGUCGAGUUGACCUGGAGGAGCCCCUGUUUGAGAACCCCGGAUUCGAGUACGACCCCAACGCCCUACCAAGACUUCUCCCAGACCAACUGGACCCCCUACAACCGUUUCGAGCAAGCGCAGCUCCAACAAGGCCAAGGAAGCCACACCCACUUUGA